AUGACCAGGAAGAAGGUCAAGCUUGCCUUGAUCCCAGACGAGGCUGCAAGGAGAAGAACCUUCUACAGAAGAAAGGAUGGAAUAAUGAAGAAGUUGAGUGAACUUAGCACAUUAUGCGGUGUUCUGACAUGUGCUAUCAUAUACAGUCCCUUUGAACAACAACCUUUCGUUUGGCCCUCUCCAGCUGCAGCAGAAAGAGUGCUUGAUAAGUUCAAAAGCAUGUCUGUUUUCGAACAAGGCAAGAAUAUGCUAAGCCAAGUAGAGUAUCUCCAGCAAAGGAUCACCAAAUUAAAGGAUCAAUUGAGAAAGAUUCAAUUGGAGAAUAGAAAGAAGGAGAUGACGAUGCUUAUGUACCAGUGUUUGAAAGGUAAGGAUCUGAAUGAUCUUACCAUGCUUGAGUUAACUGAUUUAACUAAAGUGGUUGCUGAAAAGAUGGAGGCCAUAGAAAAGAGGAUUGAAACACUUAAGCAAACUCAAUCAGAGAUUGGGACCUCAGGGAGAAUCGCAGGAGGAGCGUCAAGCGCAGAUGAUAGUACUGAUUUGCAGGUGGCUGUGGAUACUCUAAUAAAUACGGACAAUAGUGCAUGGACUGUUCCUUUCUGUCCUUAA